ACUCCUUAGUUUUGGCUAUGUAUCUAUUUUCCAAGCAAAUAAUAAAAUCUUUUUACUUGUUGUACACAACUUGUGAUAUUAUUUCCUGAAUAUUUCAGAAUUUUUUGUAGAAAAAUUGGUCAAAAACAAGUAUUAUGUACUGAAGUAGUAGUGAAGUACUAUAUUGCUACUUCUCUUCAAAAAAAAAAAAAAAAAAAGUACUAUAUUGCUACUUGGCACUUUGGCAGCUAGACUCACGCCUAGUAAAGUAGUAAAUGAUCAAAUCAAAUUUGUAGUUCUGAAUAAUUUUACCUGAUUUGUCUAGGCCUUAACUUUUCUUAAUAAAAAUAAGGUACGUAUAUUCUCAUUUCUUUUCUAUAAAACAAUCAUUUUGUCAUAUUAUCCUUGAAUAUUAUUACCACAUAUCAUGAAACCACUACACCCAAAACUCAUACCACCACAUUUUCUACCAAUAAACAACACCAACAUGCUAGGAAUAUGGGCAAAACUAGCAUCUUCACUAGCAAGUUUCAUGUUUGUAUGGGCAAUGUUAAGCCAAUUCAUCCCUUACGAGCUCCGUAGCUUUAUCGAAAAGCGUCUCACGCAUUUUUAUUCCCAAUUCCAUCCCUACAUCGAGGUAACGAUCCCCGAGCACUCCGGGGAUCAUCUUAAACGUAGUGAGGCCUACACCGCGGUCCAAUCAUACCUAUCGUCUAUCUCCUCCAAGUCCGCUAAGCGGUUCUUGGGGGAGAUAGGCCGAGACGGAAAGAGUGUGGUCCUUAGCAUGGACAAGCACGAACGUGUCGAGGAUGAGUUUCGUGGUGUUAAAGUUUGGUGGAUUUGUGGUAAAACCGCUACUUCAAGCAGUGAUAAGCCUGGCCCAGAACUUAUGUUUUAUAAAAUCACAUUUCACCAAAAAAAUAGGGACUUAAUUACUGAAGAAUACUUAAAAUAUGUGGUGAAACAAGGGAAGGCAAUCAAAAUCAAUAAUAGGCAGAGGAGGCUUUACACUAAUGUUGGAAGGUACUCUACAUAUGGCAGCAUGUGGAGUGGUAUACCAUUAGAGCACCCUGCAACAUUUGACACACUAGCAAUGGAGUCAGACAAGAAAAAAGAAAUAAUGGAUGAUCUUAGGAAAUUCAGUAAUAGCAAAGACUUCUACAAAAGAAUUGGCAAGGCAUGGAAAAGAGGGUACUUAUUAUAUGGUCCUCCAGGAACAGGGAAGUCAACUAUGAUUGCUGCAAUGGCGAAUUAUCUCCAGUACGACAUCUUCGAUUUGGAGCUCACAGCAGUGAAGGACAACACAGAGUUGAGACGUCUACUGAUCGAAACCACGAGCAAGUCGAUAAUUGUGAUCGAAGAUAUCGACUGCUCGCUUCAGUUAACUGGCCAAAGGAAGAAGAGCAAGGAGAUAUCAGAAUAUAAUGAGUUGGGAAGUGAGGGAGAUGGUAAGAAGGGAGCUGAUAAAGCGGCGAAAGCGGCUGAGAGAGGUUCGAGUAAUGUUACAUUGUCAGGGCUGCUGAAUUCCAUUGAUGGGAUAUGGUCAAGUUGUGGGAAAGAGAGGAUUAUUGUGUUUACUACAAAUCUUGUGGAGGAACUUGAUCCUGCAUUGAUUCGAAGAGGAAGGAUGGAUAAACAUAUUCAGAUGUCGCAUUGUAGUUUUCAAGGGUUUAAGGUUCUUGCUAAGAAUUAUUUGCUUGUUGAAGAAAAUGAUAAUGAGGAUUAUCAAGGGUUGUUUGAUGUGAUUAACAAGUUGUUGAGUCAAGUUAAGAUAACACCGGCUGAUGUCGCGGAGAUUCUGAUGCCCAAGUCUUGUGAAGAUACUGCUGAUAAGUGUCUUCAGAAGUUGAUCAGGGUGCUUGAGGAAGCUAAGGAAGAGACUGCCAAGAAGGAGGAGGAUACAGAGGAGCAGGAGAAAGCAGAGGAGGAGGAUACAGAGGAGGAGGAUGAUACAGAGGACUAUUAGUAAGAAAUAGUAGGAUUAAUCCUCAAAAAAAAAAAAAAAAAAAAAGAGGGGAUUAAUUGUUAUCAUGUUAUUUGGUUUGAAUGAUUGAUUACAUUGGGCAGGGAAGAUUGAUUUUCUAGCUAGUAGUGUUAUUGGUUUUAGACAGUUUAAUGCCAUUUUUUUUUAUUUUUUUUUUUAAUUUCAAGCUAAGGUGAUGUUGUGUAAACUAGUUAUGCUAAGAAUUGACUUGUA